UGCGACUGUAAAUUUCGCCUUCACUGUUACGGAUUUGAGACAAGAAAACAAAAAUGACUUUUUUGAACAUUUAAGAUCACAUUAAAAUAAACAAUGGCAUAUAUGAGAAGGAUGGGAAGUAGGAGUACUUCAAAAAGGCUCCCAAGGCAUCUUAGAAAUGAGGACAUACCACGUGAUACCUUCACACCCAGGACAUAUCAGGUUGAGUUACUGGACUCAGCACUUGAGCGGAAUACUGUAGUGUGUAUGGGGUCCUCCACUGGACGUAUGUUUAUCGCAGUCAUGUUGAUGAAGGAGAUGGCUCAAGACAUAAGAAAGCCUUUGAAGGAUGGGGGGAAAAGAACAUUCUUCAUUGUAGAUUCAGAUGACUGUGUAAGACACAGGAGUUUGGCUGUUCAGCAUCCCAUAGACUUCACAGUGAGCGCAUAUACAGAACAACAAGGUAUUGCAAAGUGGUCAAAGGCAAAAUGGCAGUCAGAAAUCUCAGAGUCGGAGGCAUUUAUAUUGACAGGCUCAGUAUUUCUCCAUUUACUAAAAGAUGGUGUUGUUACCAUGGAUAUGGUUAACCUGCUGAUUCUGGAUGACUGCCAUCUUAUAUUAAAACCUCACCCAUAUACAGAAAUUAUGGACAUAUAUAAGACCGCAGAUGAGAAAUUCAGACCACGGAUUCUCGGUCUCACUUCUAAUAUACUCGAUGGCAAGUUCCAGAACCCUGAACUUCUAGGUAACUUGAUUAACUCCCUUGAAAAUGCUCUACUCUCAGUGGCUGAAACAUCGUCCUUGGUUAUACCAGAGAGGUAUGGUAUAAGGCCUACGGAGCGUUUAAUAGAAUGUAAUGAUUAUGAAGACACUACGGGUCUUAAUGUUGAACUGUAUAAUAUACUUGAAAAUGCAAUAGAAUUUCUCGAAGAAUGCAAUAUUGAUAUAAAUGAAGAUCUUGAUAACAGAGACCCACGUCUGAUUCCUAAAGCUGCUUUGAUUGAAUGCCAUAAUAUUUUGACACAACUUGGACCCUGGUGUGCAGCAUGCCUUGCUGAUCAACUUGUUACUCAGAUUGAAAAGAUAGAAAAACAGAAAGAGUUUGUGGCGAUGCAUAAAAAGUUUCUCAAAAUAGGUGCUACAAAUUUACGCAUGGUGUCUAAGGUAUUUGAAGAACAUUUUAAACAGUGUGAAUAUUCGCUCGAUGAUCUGUUGACAUACUCCACUCCAAAAGUUGCAGAGUUGAUGGAUUCGCUUCGUAGGUACAAACCACAGACUGAUUUUGUAAUAAUUAGCGAAGAUUUGGAUAGUGAAGGUAACAUUGGCAGUGAUACAGACAUGUCGGAUGAUUCCGAUUUCUCUGAGAAUGAUGGUGAAGAGGAUGGCGGAAGUAAGUCACCAGGUUCGAAACAAAUACAUGUCGCGAUUAAAAAAGUGAGUCCAGAAGAUGAAAACAAAUCUGAUCCAUUCUCGCUGGAUGAAGACAAAAACCUCUGUGGGGUUGUAUUUGUAAAUCACCAACAUGAGGCAUUUGCUCUCAAUAAAUUCAUCGAGGAAGCAUGUGCUUGGGAUGAGGGACUAUGUUUUGUAAAAAGCAGUCACUUAACGGGAAAUAAAUCGUCAAAGAAAGAGAAACUUUACAAAAAACAGGAAGAUACUUUAAGAAAGUUUCGAAUGCAGGAGUUGAAUCUUCUUGUCUCAACAAAUGUUCUUGAAGAAGGCGUAGAUGUUCCGAAGUGCAACUUUGUUGUUAGGUUUGAUGUUCCGAAAACGUACAAGUCAUACAGUCAUUCCAAGGGUCGAGCUAGGGCAAGAGAUGCAGAGUAUAUCAUUCUCAUUGAAGGAGAGCAUUAUGAUGAGUUUAUGACUGAGCUCAAAACAUACCAUGAGAUUGAAAAGGUGUUAAUCAGGAGAAGCAGGAGAGUCCCAGACGAGGAGACGAGUCAAGAUUCAGGAUGUGAUUGUGAUACACAGGUAGAGCCGUUUAUACCUGCUGGAGGGUGGAGUGAUUUGAAAGUGACAUUAGACUCGUCUAUCAUGUUGGUUAAUAGAUACUGUGCAAAAUUACCCAGUGAUGCCUUCACCCAUCUUACACCGGCUUGUACAAUAACAGAGGAGGAGCAGAAUGGAAAGAAUGUGUACACAGCAUCCCUAAGACUUCCUAUAAACUCUCCAGUAAAGGAGGCAGUUCAGGGGGUUCCCAUGGGAACAAAACUGAGAGCAAAACAAGCUGUGGCAUUGAAGAUGUGUAAGAUUUUACAUAAACAAGGAGAAUUAGAUGACAACUUGAUGCCUGUAGGAAAGGAAAUGUUUGAGAGAGACGAGGAUGAAGAUAUCUGGGAGGAAGAAGAGGAUCAUCUAGGGGAGGCCAGACCAGGGACCACCAAACGUAAACAGUAUUAUUGUAAAAAGGUAGCAACUGCCCUACAGCUGACAGUACCAGAAGCAGAAACCCCGUGUUACCUGUACAUAAUAGACAUGGAACUUACUGGACCUAUUACUGAAGAUCAGAACACCAGGGGGAGAAAACUCAAUGCUCCAGAGGAUACACCCAGGUGUUUCGGAAUAUUGACAACUAAAACUAUACCACUGGUGCCUAUGUUCCCAGUUUUCACAAGAUCAGGGGAGGUCACUGUAGCGGUGAAUAUGUUAUCAAGAGAAGUAACUCUGAAAGGAGAGGAACUAGAGAAACUGAAGACGUUCCACAGGUUCCUGUUCUCAAAUGUUCUGAGGCUUGAGAAGGAUCCAAUGGAUUUCCAUCCUGAUUUAAGCACAAUGGGAUACCUAGUGGUUCCUCUGAAUAAGGAAGAUGAUGCUGAUACAAUACAAAUAGACUGGCAAUUCACAGAGAAAGUUGUAGAGGCCAGUAACAGUCCAUCAAAACCUCGGGACCCAGAGGACGUGUUUCAGUUCAAUGCUGAGGACUUUGAAGAUGCUGUUGUUAUGCCAUCUUACAGGAACAUAGACCAGCCACAGUAUUUCUACGUAGCUGAAAUCAGAUCUGAUCUUAACCCUUUGUCUCCAUUCCCAUCACCAGAAUUGUAUAAAACAUUUAAAGAUUAUUAUUCUGCCAAAUAUGGGUUGAAAAUAACAAGUACGGAACAGCCGUUGCUUGACGUAGAUCACACGUCUGCGAGACUUAAUCUCCUCAUACCCCGCUACAUGAAUCAGAAAGGUGUUCCGCUACCUACCAGUAGUGCGGAAACAAAAAAAGCAAGAAGAGAGAAUCUGCAACAAAAACAAAUCUUAGUACCAGAAUUAUGUGAUAUACAUGUUUUUCUGGCCUCCUUGUGGAGGAAAGCCGUCUGCUUGCCAGCCAUCUUGUAUCGCAUGAACUACCUGCUCCUUGGAGAAGAGAUUAGAAAACAUAUUGCUACAGAAACAAAAAUUGGAAUCUCAGAACUUCCCACAGAUUACAAAUUUCCAAAAUUAGAUUUUGGAAUAGAUACAAGUCCUGAACAUCUGAAACCGCUAACUGAAAACACAGAAACAAAUUCUAAGUCAGUUGAAGAUAAUUCAAAGGAAACAUUAGAUGAUAAAGCAGAACCAAAGGGAAAUGAAAGUGAGGAAGAUGAUGUAGAAGAGAAGGAUAUCAAAACAAAUGAAGAGAAAAUUGAUAAUGCAAAAAGUGAAAUAAAUGAAGAAUCUGGCAGUAAAUCUGAAAAAUGUAUAUGUGACACUGCUUUAGAUAAUGCAAAUUUAAAGUCUGAUGAUGACUCAAGAACAAUAGAUAAUUUAUCUGUAGACUUAGAAGAAAAGUGCAAUUUAAAAAAUCAAGCAGAUAUUUCUGUCAAGGACCAAUGCAUAAAUAGAUCUCAUGAUAAAACUACAAGGUGCAAUAAAUGUUCUGAUCGUGCCAUAGACAGUACUGAAGAUAACUGUGAUAGUAUUAGUAAAACAGCUGAUAAACUAAACACAUUCCAGACUGUUGAAGAUGACUCAAAAUCUGAAGCUGCCAAAUUUGAUGAAAUAAAGAUUGUAUGCAAAUCAGAGAGUAGUAAAUCAAAGGGUGCAUGUGAAAGUAAAGAGAAACCAGCUCUUUUGAAUGGAUUUGUAAGUGAAGAAGACAAAGAAGACAUUGAUUCUGUAGAUAGUCAUGAUGAAUGUAAAGCUAGAGAAAUGAAGGAAAAUGUUUUAAAAAGGGGUUAUAAUGGUAUAAAUGGUUUCACCAAGUCAACAAAAAUGAAAAAUGAAAAAGUAAUUAUUGAAACAGAAAGUAAAAAAGAAGUGAAUAGUCACAAAUCGGAAAGAAGUGAGAUAGAGGUAGACGAAAACUGUCAAGUUGAGACAGAAAAUGAUAAAGUUGAAGUAGAAAAUGAAGACAUAGUAAAAUGUCAAGAUUCACAGAGUGCUGAAACAGUACAUGAACAAAUUGAUGAAGUAGAUAUUAAAGAUGCAAUGAAUUUGAAAGAAGCAGAAAGUGAUGAGGUAGUUGAUGUGUUUGCAAAUAUUGAGAAGUUUGUUAUAGAGAAGAAUGAAACUGAUAUAGACCAGGAUAAAUGUCCAGAACCUUUGAUCUCUCUAGAUGAAGAUAUGGAUCUCUCCACAUUCAUUGGGCCAAGUCCUUGUGAGAUACUUCAGGCAUUAACCAUGUCCAAUGCCAAUGAUUUCUUCAGUUUGGAAAGACUGGAGACAAUCGGGGAUUCUUUUCUGAAAUAUGCAAUAACUGUGUACCUAUAUUGCUCAUACCCAGGAAUACAUGAAGGAAAGCUAAGCUAUCUUAGAAGUAAGCAAGUUAGUAACUACAAUUUGUACAGGUUGGGUAAAAGAAAAGGUUUGGCAGAAUGUAUGAUUUCGACCAAGUUCGAACCAUACGAGAACUGGCUCCCUCCUGGUUACGUUAUCAAUGAAGAUAGAAGAAAGGGGCCUGUACCAAAGGUUUAUGUUGCUCCUUUGUCAAUACAUAAAACUUUAUCCACUGUAUUUUCAAGCCAGAAAUCAUUGGACAGUCAGAAUGGUAAGGUUGAGGAAUUGAAGAGGAAGAAUUCGGAACUUGAUCUGGAGAUGAAGAAAUUUCUUACAGAGUUAGACGAAGCGGAUCAGAUUGCAAAGGCAAAAGAUGAAGAGUUCCUAAAAGGAGACAGAAUUGAGGCACAGCAGAGUUUCCUGCCUUACAGUUUACAGUUACAUCAUUGUCUGCCUGAUAAGAGUAUAGCUGACUGUAUGGAGGCUCUGAUUGGCUGCUACCUUACAUCAUGUGACAAAAUGGCCGCCUUACGUCUGAUGUCAUGGAUGGGUCUGAAAGUUCUUCCAAAGAAAAAGUAUGAAGAAGGAGAAGAUAUUGAGGUAAAAGACACAGAAUUUGAUCGCCUACCGUGUCCGUCUUCACCAUUCAUAAGACACUCACAAGAGGCUGACCACAUCUUGGAACAUCUUCUAGAUGGGUACGAGGGUUUUGAAAAGAAAAUCGGGUACACAUUCUGUGAUAGAUCCUACCUACUCCAGGCCUUUACACAUGCUUCAUAUCACUUCAACACAGUCACUGACUGUUAUCAGAGAUUAGAAUUUUUGGGAGAUGCAGUUCUGGACUAUGUAAUUACCCGUCACUUGUACGAGGACUCUGACAAGUACAGCCCUGGUGUACUGACUGACCUGAGGUCAGCCCUCGUCAACAACAACAUCUUUGCAGCUCUGGCAGUGAAGUGGGACUUCCACAAGUACUUUAAAGCUAUAUCACCAUCAUUGUUCAAUGUGAUAGAGAAGUUUGUGUCCAGACAGAAAGAGAAGGAAGAUGAGAUUGAUGAUGAAAAUGAUGAGACUGAUGAGGACCAUGAGAAGGAACAUGUGGAGCUGGAGGUGCCGAAAGCUCUUGGUGAUAUAUUUGAGUCAGUGGCUGGAGCUAUCUACCUGGAUAGCAAGAUGUCACUAGACACAGUCUGGAGGGUAUUCUACAGAGUUAUGAAACCACAGAUAGACAAAUACUUGAAGAAUAUACCCAAGUCUCCAGUGAGAGAAUUGUUGGAACAGGAGCCUGAGACUGCCAAGUUUGAGAAACCAGAGAGAACUAUGGAUGGAAAAAUACGGGUGACAGUCAAUGUGGUAGGCAAGGGUGUUUUUACUGGAGUAGGCCGGAACUAUCGUAUUGCCAAAAGUGCCGCAGCGAAGAAAGCUCUCCGAUGCAUUAAAACUCUCGAACAGCAGGGACUGAUAUAGUUUAUGUAGUUACGUUAAGAGAAGGGAUAAAAUUAGAUCUGCUGCUUGCAUUAUAUUUAUCUCUGAUAUAUAUAACUCCAGGACAACAAAGACUUGUAUAGAAUGAGAUACUGUAUAACUUGAAUUUUUGUUGUGGUAAAGAAUUUUUGAUUGGCAGUAAAAAAAUAGGUAAUUUGAGUUUGUAUUACUUUCUUUAUGGAGACAAGUAAAAAAUAAUCUGAUGAUUCUGUUUUAUAAUGCGGCCUACAAAAUUAAUCCAACUUUGUUAUGAAAUAUGGUAAAAUUUAGCAGGGUGUAAAAAAUCCCAUUUAUAAGGUACUGUGUUGUUAGUAUUAUUAAGAUGAAAUGCUGUGCUGAAAUAGUAUGUGCUCUAAAGAUAUAUUAUUUGUUGUGUUUCUGUGACUAGAUAGAAUAUAUGAUUUUGUUACAAAAAAAUUGAAUGUAUAUAAUAUUAUGAUAUAAUAUAUGUAAAAAAAAAAAAACCUGUAUUUUUGCAUCUUUUUAGUAGAAAUGAAUAGUUUGAAAAGGUAAUUGAUUGAAUUGGAAGGUGUUUAUGAUUGUCUAUUGAAAUAUUUAUAUUAUGUUUUAUAGUCAUUUGAAAGUAUUAUUUAUUAUGUCACACAGGCUGGGCAUUUUUUGCUGUACUGCACUCCUAUCUAUGGAGGUAAUAGUCGAUCAUGGUCAAGAUGAUUUUUACACAGGGGAAAAUCCUGUUUUUGCAAUAAAAUUGACAUAGUUAGAUACCUUAAAAUUUUUAAUUAUCCACCUAACACUAAUGGAGACAUUUAGAGUGAUAUUUUGUUCAUAUCUGAAAAUUGCAAGAGAAAGCCACAAUUCACAAACAAAAUCAACAAGAUGAUGUAUUUUUAGCUCACCUGUGAGUUUUUCUGAUCGCUCGAUGUCCGGCAUCCCUCGUCUGUCGUCUGUCAACAUUUAGCUUGUGUAUGUGAUAGAGGCUGUAUUUUUUAACUGAUCUUCAUGAAAUUUGGUCAGAAUGGUUGCCUUGAUGAAAUCUAGGCCGAGUUUGAAAAUGGGUCAUCUGGGGUCAAAAACUAGGUCACUAGGUCAAAUCAAAGAAAAACCUUGUGUAUGCAAUAGAGGCUGUAUUUUUUAAUUAAUCUUCAUGAAUUUUGGUCAGAAUGAUAACCUUGAUAAAAUCUAGGCCGAGUUCGAAAAUGGGUCAUCUGUCAUCAAAAACUAGGUCACUAGGUCAAAUCAAAGAAAAACCUUGUGUAUGCAAUAGAGGCUGUAUUUUUCAAUUGAUCUUCAUAAAAUUUGGUCAGAAUGAUUGCAUUGAUGAAAUCUAGGUCAGGUUUGAAUAUGGGUCAUCUGGGAUUAAAAAUUAGGUCACUAGGUCAAAUCAAAGAAAAACUUUGUGUAUGCGAUAGAGGCUAUAUUUUUCAAUUGAUCUUCCUGAAAUUAAGUCAGAAUGGUUGCCUUGAUGAAAUCUAGGACAAGUUUGAAUAACGGUAAUCUUGGGUCAAAAAGUAGGUCACUAGGUCAAAUCAAAGAAAAACCUUGUGUAUGCCAUAGAGGCUGUAUUUUUCAAUUGAUCUUCAUGAAAUUUGGUCAGAAUGAUAGCCUUGAUAAAAUCUACAUUGAGUUUGAUUAUUGGUCAUCUGGGGUCAAAAACUAGGUCAAAUCAAAGAAAACCCUUCUGUAUGCAAUAGAGGCUGUAUUUUUCAACUGAUCUUCAUGAAAUUUUGUCAGAAUGAUAGCCUUUAUGAAAUCUAGGUCAAGUUCGAAUAUGGGUCAUCUGGGUUAAAAAACUAGUUCACUAGGUCAAAUCAAGGAAAAACCUUGUGUAUGCGAUAGGAGCUGUAUUUUACACUGGAUUUUCAUAAAAUUUGGUCAGAAUGGUUGCCUUGAUGAAAUCUAGGUCAAGUUCGAAUAUGGGUAGUCUGGGUUCAAAAACUAGGUCACUAGGUCAAUCAAAGAAAAACCUUGUAUAUGUGAUAGAGGCUGUAUUUUUCAAUUGAUCUUUAUGAAAUUUGGUCAGAAUGAUAGCCUUGAUAAAAUCUAGGUCAAAUUUGAAUAUGGGUCAUCUUGGGUCAAAAACUAGGUCAUUAGGGCAAGUCAAAGAAAAUACUUAUUUAUACUCAAGAUUUUUGCUCCAAUUUUAGUGAUAAUUGGUCAGAAUAUUUUUUUCCAUGAAAUCACUACGUCAAACAUGUUUACACUGUUAUGGUGUGUUUCUCAGGUGAGCGACCUAGGGCCAUCUUGGCCCUCUUGUUAUGAAAAAUGUACAACUUUUCCAUGACUUGAACACAUUAUUGAUGUAAUCCCCUUGUAUUUUAUUAGUGUUACAUUGUAUAUUAAUUGUUGCAUCCAUCCAUUUUCUGCUACAUCCAGCUUUUUUGGUUUGUAAUAAAUGUGGUUACAAAUAUUAGUUCAAUGUCAAAAAGUUGUUUUCAUUUUGCUUUGUUUUGGUUUAGAGUGUCAACAUGUUGGACGGACUAU